AGGGUUUUCUUGAUCAAGAAUCGAGAGACAGUCUAGUGUUUCUUCAAAUCGCCAGUUUGGGGUUUUCUUGAUCAAGAAACUUUCACAGUGAGAUUUAGUGUGUUCAAAAUGACGAAGGUUCCGACAAAGAACCGCAAGAAGAAGGUCGAAGAUCUGUCAGAGGAGGAUUUGGCGUUGAAGAAACGAUUGGAGUUGUAUUUGGAGAGGAUUCAGGGCACUGAUCCGGGAAUACAGAAGGCUGCGAUCGAGAGUAUGAGGCACGAAAUUCGGACCUCAACAAACUCUAUCACUUCAGUUCCAAAGCCAUUAAAGUUUUUGUUCCCUCAUUAUGGAACUCUAAAAGCUUGUUAUGAAACAAUGGUGGACUCAGAUUUAAAGAAAAUUCUAGCAGAUAUGAUUUCGGGUUUGGCCUUGACCAUGUCUGCUGAAGGAGAAAGGGAGAGCCUAAAGUAUAGGCUAUUGGGAUCUGACGGUGAUAUUGUUUCAUGGGGUCACGAGUAUGUCAGAAACUUGGCUGCAGAAAUUAUAGAAGAGUAUGCAAAGCAGCAGAAUGAAGAGGGCCCGUUUGAUGAUAUAAUGGCGCCUGUACUAGACAUUGUUGCUUUCCACAUGAAGCAUAAUGCGGAACUUGAAGCUGUAGAUCUUUUGCUGGAGGUUGAAGACCUUGAUGAACUGGUAGCACACAUGGACACCACAAAUUAUCAAAGAACAUGCUUGUACCUUACUAGUUCAGCAAAGUAAGGGGCCUUUACUGAUUUUGUAGGAUUUUCAGAUUGGCUGGCUUGUUUUUUUAUUUAUCUUUCCUGUCUUUGUAAAUAGUGUGGCUACUGGUCGAAGGGUCUUCUCUUGAAAAUUUUAAAUGCAAAUCCUAUUAUUACCCAAGAUGAU